ACCAAAAUGGCCCAAGGGCGGCUACAUUUCUAGGCCACACUUCAUUUCCUCCCAAAAGCUAAAACCCAAAUUAAAGGGCAAACCAAACCACCAAAGAUCACCAGAAAAUUCAAAGAAAAUUUUCACUUUUCUGUGGUUUAUUUGCAAACUUGAUAGCGUUCGGUACUUGGAUUUGAUAAUUUGAGCUUUCAGCUUUUAGCUUAUAGCUUAUGCUGUCUCUGAAUCCAAACCCAGCUCAAGGUUUCUACUUAUUCGAUCCCAUGAUUACCAAUAUGGGCCUUCCGGGUCUCAAUCCUAUGCCGCCGCCGACAACUGGUGCCGCUUCAGCUACGGCGGCGACCAGUACGACUGCUGCCUGCACGUCUUCGUCCGCGCCCGCAAACGCCGCGUCGAUGUCGGCGGAUGAUCAGAGCAAGAAAAUCCGGAAGCCGUAUACGAUUACCAAGUCGAGAGAGAGCUGGACGGAGCAGGAGCACGACAAGUUUCUCGAAGCUCUUCAGCUGUUUGAUCGUGACUGGAAGAAGAUUGAAGCAUUUAUUGGCUCAAAAACGGUUAUCCAGAUACGAAGUCAUGCACAGAAGUACUUUUUGAAGGUUCAGAAGAAAGGGACAAGUGAACAUGUACCUCCACCUCGGCCAAAGAGGAAAGCGACUCAUCCAUACCCACAAAAGGCUCCAAAAAGUGCUGCAGUUGUAUCUCAAGUAGCUGGGCCGUUUCAGUCCUCAUCUCACUUGCUUGAACAUGGAUAUGUUUACCAGCCAGAUUCCUCAUUUGUGCUUGGAACUCCAGUUAACGCUACAACUUUAUCUUCUUGGAGUUAUAACUCUGUGCCACCAGUCAACAUGUCGCAAACAAUUAAAGACGAAGGAAGGUUAUCUGGGCCAACUGUUACACAUAACUCUUGCUAUAGUAGUAGCAAUGAAAGCAACCCAACAAAUUGGAAAGUGAGUGAGACAGUUGAUCGAGUAGAUCCUGGCCAGCCACACAGAGUUUUGCCAGAUUUUGCUCAGGUGUAUAAAUUUAUCGGAAGUGUAUUUGACCCCAGUGCAGUUGGUCAUUUGGAGAGACUGAGACAAUUGGACCCCAUAAAUUUCGAAACAGCACUUUUGCUGAUGCAGAACCUCUCCAUUAAUUUGACAAGUCCCGAGUUUCAGGAUCAUAGAAAGCUAAUUACAUCAUAUGCUGUCGGCUCCAACAAAACUAAAUCGGACGGCAAUUGCAACUUCUCUCGCAUUGGUAAAUCAGAGAAUGCCAUCCUAUCUGCUUGAGAGACGAAGGGCGGAGCGUUGAACACGACCAAGUUCACCAACAGUUAUCGUGCAGAGUGGCUUUGUACAUAUGUAGAAUACGCGGUUUUGAAUACAUGUAGCUUGUGAGGACCAAACCCAGUUUUGUGUGCAUACCAUACCUUUGAGUUUCGUCGUGAAGGAAUGUGGGAUGAUACAGUCAACUCCAACGUCCUUCCGAAGGCCGUCUUGUAUAGAAUUUCGGGGGGAUUAUCGUUGACUGUGGACUGUAUGCCGUUGUAAUAAUUGUUUUUGGUUUUUACGUAACUGGAAUAAAAGUAGGACCUCAAAACGGUGACAAACAAGAGAAACCUGCUACUGUAUGUGGUCUCCCCGUCUCGGUCUUAAACAGUGAACAUUCUGCAGAAAGUUCUUACCUCUA